UACAGCAGAGUCAGAGCUGACGGGACCAGAGAGACAGACACACACACAGAGAGAGAGACAGACAGACAGAGAGAGAGACAGACAGACAGACAGAGAGAGAGACAGACAGACAGACAGAGAGAGAGACAAUGGACUCAUACUGGAUUAUACUGACACACUGCACACAGCAUGGACUCUGAAUCUUUAGACCGGUGCAUCCAGACUGCUCUGUCAGCCCUCUACCCUCCCUUCAAGGCCACAUCCCCGACUAUCCUCUGUCAGGUCCUCAACGUGGUGGAGAGCUGCUACAGAGGAGACGGUCUUCGCUACCUAAUCCACUUCCUGUUGCCUGUAAAGCAAUUAUUGGCGAACCUCCAGCAAGAUGCCUGUUUGCAGUAUUGUGGUUUGUUGUUUCGUCACGAGGGCUGGCCCCUGUGUGUCCACGAGAAGGUAGUGGUUCAGCUCUGUCCUCUGGACCAGCGCCUCCUCCAUCCAGGAGACUUCUACCUGCUGGUAUCUCCUCCUGCUGUUGCUGCUGCCCCUCCUCCUCGAGCACGCAGCACCUCCUGCAGGAGCGCUGUUCCCUCCCUCCCCCGCCUGCUCCUGUGCAGUGUGUCAGCCGGCAGCCGUCAUGUGGAGCAACAGGAGGUGUCGGAGAUAGCCCUGCGGUCCCUCUUCAGCAUGGCCUGGCUGGACUCUGUCAACAGGGAGAGGGAGCAGCGAGGAGCGCCCAGGCUAGAGCGCUGCCUCCUCUCUGCCCACGGAGACGUCUUCCGUGUCCCCUGGGAGGACCUGGUCUACCCGCAGUUCAUUAGUCGGCCCCAGACCUUCCUGGAGGAGGACAAGAAGUCGUCCGUUAAGAAUGGAAAUAUGUUACUUAACACAUCGCACAAUUCUAACGCCUCAGGACGGGAUGUAAAGCUCCUCCCAUCGUCUGCAAAAACUGACCAAUCACCAGCGAGCAGCGAGGGCGAGGAGUCGGAGGGCGAGUACGUGGAGCUGACGGAGCUCCCGCUGCCUCGCUUCUCUCCACAGAAAGGCUCCUUGACCCAGUCCAUCAGCCUGCAGCACCGAGCCAGAACCAGUACUCCCAGCGCUCCUGUUAUGACACAUACUCCCAAAUCCACCAACACACACUCCUACUGGCCCUGUGCAGAGGUCAGUUCCCACACCGGGCUUUGCUCCAAGCUCAUCAACGAGAACCUCAACCAGGACUCCUGUGGACCCGUCAUCCUCGCACCCGUCUCCUCCUCUUCUGCUCCUCCUGAAAUCGUGGGAACCUCCCGCUUUCAGAUGGAGCGCUGGACGUCUCAGGAGCAAAUAGAAGGUACUGAUUCAGGCAGGAGUCUGAAGAUAAACACUGAACCUGCAAACUGCACAGAACUCAGAGAGGAGGAGGAGGAGGAAGAAGAGCGAGGGAAACAGGGGGAGACAGGGGAAGAGAGGGAGGAGGGAGAGCUGAUGGAGAGGCAGGAAGGGAUGGAUAAAAUGUUAGUGUUAGCUGAUGAAGGUGAAGAAAAGGAAGAACAGGUGGAGGACACAGAGUGUAGAAUGGAUGAGCUGCUGUACACACAAACUGCUGAGGAGGAGGAGGAGGAUGAGUGUGAACACACAGAGGGAGAGUUGGAUGAGGAGGGAGAUGAUGAGUUAGAGGAGGUGGAGGUAGAAGAGGAGGUUCGGGUUAUAAUUGUACAGCAGAGUCAGGAAAGAAGGGAGGAAGAGCAAGUAACGAAAGAAGAGCAGAGAGAAGGAGGAGAAAAAAAAGAAGAGGAAGAGAGAGGAGGUGAACAAACGCACACAGAUGAGAAAGUUGACUCAUGUACAAACACACACACUGAAGGCUCUUAUUCUGAAAAUAAUAGUCAACACACACAUUGUGAAAACUCUUAUUCUGAAAAUAAUACACAGCAUGUACAUUGUGAAGAGCUGAACCAACAACACAAACACUCUGAGGACUCCCAUUCUGAAAACAACGCACUACAAACACAUUCUGAGGACUCCCAUUCUGAAAACAACGAACUACAAACACACUCUGAGGACUCUUAUUCUGAAAACAACGUACUACAAACACACUCUGAGGACUCUUAUUCUGAAAACAACGCACUACAAACACAUUCUGAGGACUCCCAUUCUGAAAACAACGCACUACAAACACAUUCUGAGGACUCCCAUUCUGAAAACAACGAACUACAAACACACUCUGAGGACUCUUAUUCUGAAAACAACGUACUACAAACACACUCUGAGGACUCUUAUUCUGAAAACAACGCACUACAAACACACUCUGAGGACUCUUAUUCUGAAAACAACGCACUACAAACACACUCUGAGGACUCUUAUUCUGAAAACAACGCACUACAAACACACUCUGAGGACUCUUAUUCUGUAAACAAAGCACUACAAACACACUCUGAGGACUCUUAUUCUGAAAACAACGCACUACAAACACAUUCUGAGGACUCUUAUUCUGAAAACAACGUACUACAAACACACUCUGAGGACUCUUAUUCUGAAAACAACGCACUACAAACACACUCUGAGGACUCUUAUUCUGAAAACAAAGCACUACAAACACACUCUGAGGACUCUUAUUCUGAAAACAACGCACUACAAACACAUUCUGAGGACUCUUAUUCUGAAAACAACGUACUACAAACACACUCUGAGGACUCUUAUUCUGAAAACAACGCACUACAAACACACUCUGAGGAGUCCAACACGCCAGCGAUGGAUCAGGACUCACUUUGGACUGAACCCGAGGGGUUGGAAAAUGGACAGGAAAAGAAGGAGGAGGAGGACGAGGAGGACGAGGAGGAGGAGUGCAGCUGUGAGGAGAUUGGUGGAGGAAGAACUGCAGAACUUCAGACUGAAGGCCUCAGCAGUGAGUUGCUUCCUGUCCAGUCACAUGUCAGUCUGUCUACUGGUCCAAGUCCAACAGAACCAGAACUACCAGCAGCCUCUCCAGAGCAGAACCAGUCAGCUGCUCCCACAGUCCCAGUACAGCUCACCCAGUCCUCCCAGUCCAGCUUCUACAGUGUGCUGCUGAGCUCUGGAGCUGUCUGUAUGCCAGGAACCAGCGACAGGAGUGGCCGCGCUCUGCUGACCGUCUGUACCGGGAACGUCAUGUGGUCGAACCCCGACUGUGACAGUGCCACGCUGCUCCGCCUCCUGCUCUACUACACUUCCACCCUCAGGAAGGAGGCGCGAGCGUCCGGGCUGACGGUGCUGGUGGACGCCCGCAGCGCCGCUCCGGUUCCCGCCCUGUUCUCCGCCCUCAGGUCCCUGCAGGAGAACACUGCACUCUCCAUCCACUCUGUGUUACUGCUGGUCAACAAGGACUCGUCAGUACGUCUGGACAAACCUGCAGUCACACAGGUGGAGGUGUUGAGCUCUCUGAAGUCUCUUCAGAAACAUGUGGAGCUCCGGCAGCUUCCUGCAGAGUUUGGAGGUUCACUGAGCUUCAGUCAGAGCAGCUGGCUCUGCUUCAGAUCGAGAGUGGAGCAGCUGACCAAUCAGUGUGAGAACGUCAUCAACCUGCUGCAGAAAACCAUCAACAUCCUGCAGUCCACACCUCUACCUGCUGCAGCACAGGAUGUCGAGCAGUUGCUGUCCAGGUACAAGGCGGUGAUGCGCAGCAUCCUUGAAGACAGCCGAUUGGUGCAGUUGCAGCAGGAGGGCGGAGCCUCCCUAUCACGGCUCCGCAGAGAGGAGGGCGUGAGCGAGGACCAGCGGGCGGCGGUGGAGACGGUGGCGUCUCUGUACGAGGAGGUGGACGAGCUCCUCCACCGUCUGGUGACCCUGUCCAACUCCAGGACCCAGGAGCUGCACUUCAUCCUGGACUUCAGGAGUCUGGAACAAGGUUUCACCGAGGUGAGCUCGUGGCUGCAGGAGGUCGGGGAGGCUCGUCUGAAGAGUCUGGAUGAACCGGAGGAUUCUCUGGAGCUCCUCAACAAGAAACAACAAGACUUCAAACAGUUUCACACUGCAGCAUAUGAGCGCUGUCGGCGGGGCGAGGCGUUGUUGAGUCGUCUGGAGCGCUGGGGCGACGUGACGUCAGCUGACCUCCACGUCUACGAGGUCAAAGUUCAUUCUUUCUGGGCUCAGCUCCAAGAUUUCUCCCAGAGGGUCAACGCCACGGGCCAGAAGAUCGACCGCACCGUUGGACUGUACAGCUUCUUGGACCAGGCCUAUGGCUGGGCGCUUGAGGGUAUGCGUCACCUAGCCAGUGUCAGUAUGGAGGAGUGCUCGCUGCCAGACAAAUGCCAGGCUGGGAUUGGCUACCUGGAGGAGUACCGCCGCCAGCACCCUCCCAUCCCGGACGCACGCUUCCAGGAGAUGAAGGCUGCGGCGGGUGAGCUGCGGGGCGAGCGAGGCCUCCGUCAGUGGAGCUUCGCCUGGUCCAAGUGUCAGGAGACCAAGAAGAUGUUUGACAGGAAGAUGGAGGCGGCGCUCAGGACGCGAAGCUCCACCCACAGACAGCGCUCAGACUCCACCUGCAGCAGGAGCUCCACCUCCUCCAGGAGGUCUCUGUCAGGACUCUGGGGGGUCGAGACCUCCUCCAGCCCACCUCAGGGUGACAUCUCCCUACCUCCCAACGCCUCCUCCCCUCUCACCUCCUCCCCUCUCUCCCCCCAGCACACUCCCCUCCUCCAGCGUUUGUUCCGCAGCACCUCCUCAGAGGAGUCCUCAGACCGGGUGGAUAUCUGCUCCUCCAGUCCCAGCCUCCCCCGCCUCGGCUCCUCCUCCUCCUCCACCUCCUUCUUCUCCUCCAGCAGACGGCAGCAGCUGAGGAAGACUCAGAGCUUCGACUGUCCCUCCACCCCGGAGGUGCCGCGGUACGGCCCCUGUCCCCGCGCCCUCAGCGAGCCGGCGCGCAGAGGAAACACGGGCGUGUUCAUCCGUGGUCUGGAGAUCAGCAGCACCGAGGCCGCCGAUCUCACGCUGUCCCCCAGGACGGCUGCUCCUGGCUGGGCCGCACAGGGACUGCACAGCCCCGCCACACCCAGCACACCCAGGACCUCCAGCAGCCCCACAGCAGAGUCCCGACCCAGAGGAAGUAAGCUGCGUCACGUGGUGGAGGAGAUGGUGACCACAGAGCGGGAGUAUGUGCGCUCCCUGCGUUACAUCCUCCAUCACUACUUCCCGGAGAUGGACCGCGUGGACCUUCCUCAGGACCUGAGGGGGAAACGCUCCGUGGUGUUUGGGAACCUGGAGAAGCUUCUGGACUUCCACAGCCAGUUCUUCCUGAGAGAGCUGGAGUCCUGCUGGAAGCAUCCGCUGAGAGUGCCACACUGCUUCCUCAGACAUCAGGAGCAGUUCAGUCUGUACGCUCUCUACAGCAAGAACAAACCAAAGUCUGACGCUCUGCUGGCCAACCACGGGAACUCCUUCUUCAGGAGGAAGCAGGUGGAGUUGGGGGAUAAGAUGGACCUCUCGUCCUACCUGUUGAAACCCGUUCAGAGGAUGAGUAAAUACGCUCUGCUCCUCACUGACCUCAUGAAGGAGGUGGGCGCAGCUCAGGAGGCGGAGCUUGUCACGCUGCAGGCCGCCACCGACAUGGUCAAAUUCCAGCUUCGCCACGGUAACGACCUGCUGGCCAUGGACGCCAUCAGAGACUGUGACGUGAACCUGAAGGAGCAGGGUCAGCUGAUCCGUCAGGAUGAGUUCACUGUCUGGAGCGGGAGGAGGAAAUGUCAGCGUCACGUCUUCCUGUUUGAGGAGCUGGUCCUGUUCAGUAAACCCAGGAAGGUGGAGGGGGGGCUGGACGUCUUCAUCUACAAACACUCCUUCAAGACAGCAGAUGUGGGUCUGACUGAGUCCACCGGAGACAACGGGCUGCGCUUUGAGAUCUGGUUCAGAAGGAGGACGUCCAAGAACCAGACCUUCAUCCUUCAGGCCGCCACGGCGGACGUCAAACACGCCUGGACCGCCGACAUCGCCCGCAUCCUGUGGAACCAGGCCACCCGGAACAAAGAGAUGCGUCUGAAGGAGAUGGUGUCCAUGGGAGUAGGAAACAAACCGUUUCUGGACAUUCAGCCGAGUGACGCUGCCAUCAGUGACCGAGCUGUUCAUUACAUCAUGAAGAGCAGAGGUGCCAGAACGCGGGCGUCCAUCGCUGUCUCUGUCUUUGAUCACUCCAACCCUUUCCAACGGGGAGCCGUGACCUCUGACCCCGCCACAUCAGGGCCUUCCUCCUCCAGCCUGCUUGGGCCGCUCAACCUGCACAUGUACAGUCAGACCCUCCCUUCCUCUCCUGCUGCUGAAAGCUCCUUCAUCACCUCCUGCAUCGAGGAAGACGAGCAGGAGCACGAGACCAGCAGCCAGCCCUCCAUGACCACGGAGAGUUCGGGGUCGUCGUCUCGCUGUCUCUCCGGCUCCACCGGCUCUGACAGCGGCUGCGUCUCCUCCCACCUCCAGGAGGCUCUGCCUGACGAACCGAGCGCCUCCUCCAGUCAGCCUUUCUCCUCCUCCUCCUCCAACAAACAGCGCCUCAACAGCCAGUACAUCUCACCUAAAACUGCUGCAGUCAUCAGUCCGGCCACCAUCGUGUGAGUGAGCCAGCUGACCUGAUGGACCGACUGUGGCAGUGCUUCCUGUUCAGUGUCUGAAGGUUUAUUCGGACUUUGUGUUGUAGAGACGUUCUGUACAUACUAACUGUUAGACUUUAUACAGUCUGUAGUUGGACUCCUGACAGCUGCUCUCUGUUGUUGUUGUUGUUGUUGUUGUUGUUGUUGUUGUUGGUGGCUGAUCCGUCGUCCGCUCUGUGAGGAAGAGGAGGGUCGGUGUGAGAGCUGGUCCCGGGUCAGCUGCUCUAACUGUACAUGAGUGUAAAUAAAAGUCUGCUGCCACUUUCUUAUUGAAUAAUAAACACGAGUUUGUUCCAAA